GUUUUUAAUAUCGCAAAAAUGUUGAGUAAUUCCCUCAAGUAUGAUUUUGACUGGGAGACUGUUGUCUGUGGGUUUUGGCGACGAUUCCCGAGCAAAUACCACCCUUACGUGAAUAGCGUUCAUACCAUAGGGUCAAAGGUCAACCCCGAAAAGAAGACGUUGGUAGUACAGAGGAUGUAUCAUAUAAAGUACAGUUUUCCGUACCUAAUACAAAAGCUAAUUGGAUCCAAUGUGGACUAUUACAUUCUGGAAGAAUCUCAGGUGGAUUUGAAAACCAGAAAACUGUCCUACCAAGUAAAAAGUGUAACUCCAGACUAUUACAGCUAUAGCGAAUCGGCAUGUUAUCAAGACUCCUCUAAUCCUGGAACCACCGAUUUUAAUUGUUCAAUGGAUGUAAGUAUUAGUGGAUUUGGAGUAAUGAACAACACUCUAGAAAAGCUUGCGGAACAUAGAAUGUUGGAAUCCAUGUCAAAGUCCAACGAAUUUAGAGCCAUGGUAGAUAGUAUAAACACUCUAAAUUCCUUGUGAUUAAUGUGCUCUGGUCA